AUGGAGGAGCGGAGCAGCCUGAGCCUUGCAGCAGGUCUGGCAGGUCAGAUGCCUGUGGAACAGGCUUCAGCUGAUGCCAUUGUGGACACCACCGAUGAUUUCAUGACACUGUUCCCUUGGGCAGAGAAAAACCAGGACAUGAGAGAAAAAGCAUUUGAUGAUAUCCUCACUAACAAAGCACCUGAGCUACUGAAAGAUUCGGAUACUUUCUUAGGGGAUAAGAAGUGGCUGGUAGGGAACUCUGCAACAUGGGCUGAUUUCUACUGGGAUGUGUGCAGUAUGACACUUCUGUCCUGUAAACCUGACCUGGCAGACAAAUACCUCAGGCUUCUGGCUCUCAAGGAGAGAGAGCAAGCACUUCCAGCUAUUGCAGCCUGCAUCCAUAAAAGGCCGAAGAGUGUAAUGUAGAUCAGCUGCUCAGAAAAAACAAAUGCUUGUUUAGUUUUCAAUAUGACAAGCUGUCUUGACUUGGAAAGACAGGUAUCUGUCAGGGAAAACUGGAGUUUCCCUUGGAAUGAAGAAUGUAAAACCCUCUCCUGUUAGC